AUGGCUUAUAAAGAUAUAUAAUAGGAAUAAAUACAAUAAUAUUUUUAAGAAAUGAAUGAUAUAUAAAAUACUCAAAUUAAACUGGAAGAUAAUAUAUUUAUAGAAGAUAAUGUUAGGAAAAUAGAUAAAGGAUUAGCCCGAUUAUUAAUUAAAAACCCUUGCAAAACUGAGCUUUUUUAUUAAAGAAAUAUAGUUAAUUCAACAGAUAGUCCUUUAGCAUAAAUUAUAGUUGUAGGUAUGUUAAGAACUUUAUUGACUACUUGUGCUACUAAUAAUAAAUAUAAUCCCAAAUAAUAAAAAUUAUUUAAAUAUAUAAAAGAGGGCAUUGAUUUAAAUAGAGAAUGGGAAUGUUCAAUUUUACAUUUUUUACAAUAUAAAGAUGAAAUUGAGUUAUAAAAUGAAGAUUUGAAAAACUAUUUAAAUGACUAUAAAUAAUAUGUAGAAUAAAAUAAAGAAUUAAAAUAAAGUGAUGAAUAAUCAUUAUAAUAAGAAGUUGAAACUAAAAACUUAAAUGAAGAUUAAAAGUUUUGUGUAAAGUAUGAAUUGGAUAGACAUAGAAUUUUUACUGCAAACGCUAUUUCUAGUUUUUUAUUAGUAUUAGCUAAAAAAUUCAAAUGUAAUUGUGUUUGGCAGUUUUCUUAUCUUAUUUAACUUAUAACUGAUGCUAAUGGAGUUCUUGUUUUUUUAAAAUUUCUUACAGAAAAAUUUUAGAAUAUUUAAUUUGAUAUGACUACUUUAUAUAUAAACCCAGAAUUUAAUUUAUAGUAAUUAACAAUUAAUACUAUUUAUAAAAUACUGAAAUUAAUGUUUUUAACUUUUCAUUCUAAAAAAACUACCUAAUAUUUUUGA